GGCCUCGGCUCCGCAAUUGCCACUCCUCCUCGGGGUGCUGCACAAGUUUCGAGGUCACCGGCGACCCCCCCUAGCAGCGCGCCUGGCUCUGGCCCCCGCGAAGGAGCACGGGGCUUGAACUGGAAAGGAUCUCCAAAACAAUGCAUCCAUUUUACAGAUGUGGAAACUGAGGCUCGGAGAGGCAGUGACAUCUAGGCAGUGUGUUGCGUACUUUCUAAGGCGCCGGAGGCAGCGGCAGCUCCAUCCAGCCCAUCGGCUCCUCCUCGGCAUGGCUGGCUACCUGAGUGAAGCGGACUUCGUGAUGGUGGAGGAGGGCUUCAGCACCCGAGACCUGCUGGAGCAGCUCACUCUGGGGGCCUCACAGUCCACCACGGAAGAGGUCGCUGCCUUCUUUGUGGCCGACCUGGGUGCUGUAGUGAGAAAGCACUUCUGCUUUCUGAAGUGCCUGCCGCGAGUCCGACCCUUUUACGCUGUCAAGUGCAACAGCAGCCCAGGCGUGCUGAAGGUCCUGGCUGAGCUAGGACUGGGCUUCAGCUGUGCCAACAAGGCAGAGAUGGAGUUGGUCCAGCAUAUUGGUGUCCCCGCCAGUAAAAUCAUCUACGCCAACCCCUGUAAGCAAAUUGCACACAUCAAGUAUGCUGCCAAGCAUGGGGUCCGGCUGCUGAGCUUUGACAACGAGAUGGAGCUGGCAAAGGUGGUAAAAAGCCACCCCAGUGCCAAGAUGGUUCUGUGCAUUGCCACCGAUGACUCCCACUCCCGGAGCCGCCUGAGCCUCAAGUUCGGAGUGUCGCUGCAAUCCUGCAGACACCUGCUUGAAGAUGCCAAGAGGAACCACGUAGAGGUGGUGGGUGUGAGUUUUCACAUUGGCAGUGGCUGUCCUGACCCUCAGGCCUACGCUCAGUCCAUCGCAGACGCCCGGCUUGUAUUUGAAAUGGGUGCUGAGCUGGGCCACAGGAUGCACAUCCUGGACCUUGGCGGCGGCUUCCCUGGAGUGGAGGGGGCCAAAGUGAGAUUUGAAGAGAUUUCUUCUGUGGUCAACUCAGCCUUGGACCUGUACUUCCCGGAGGGCUGUGGUGUGGACAUCCUUGCCAAGCUGGGGCGCUACUAUGUGACCUCGGCCUUCACCUUGGCAGCCAGCAUCAUCGCCAAGAAGGAGGUUCUUCUGGAACAGCCUGGCAGGGAGGAGGAAAACGGUUCCGCCCCCAAGACCAUCCUGUACCAACUCGGUGAGGGCGAGUAUGGAAUCUUCAACUCAGUCCUGUUUGACAACACCUGCCCUACCCCCAUCCUGCAGAAGAAACCAUCCAUGGAGCAGCCCCUGUACAGCAGCAGCCUAUGGGGCCCAGUGGUCGAUGGCUGUGACUGCAUAGCUGAGGGCCUGUGGCUGCCGCAACUACAUGUAGGGGACUGGCUGGUCUUUGAGAACAUGGGCGCCUACACCGUGGGCAUGGGCUCCCUCCUCGGGGGCGCCCAGACCUGCCGCAUCACCUAUGCCAUGUCCCGGGUGGCCUGGGAAGCCCUGCGAGGGCAGCUGCUGCCUGCAGAACAGGACGAGGACGCCGAGGGCACGUGCAAGCCUCUGUCCUGUGGCUGGGAGAUCACAGACACCUUGUGCAUGGGCCCUGUCUUCACCCCGGCGAGCAUCAUGUGAGCGGGGCCCGUCCCCCCACCGCCCCCCCCCCCGGAGAACCCCAGUGGGGCCGCAGAGAUGCCUCUGGGAGCGGAGGGGAAGGUGGCAAUCAGGAGCACCCUCUGGCCAGGACUCCGGCGCUCGCUCUGCCGGCCCCGCGCUCCCCCUGCAGUGUUUCUGCCCUGUAAAUAGGACCAGUCUUACGCUCCCUGUAGUUCAAGUAUGCAACAUAAAUCCUGUCCCUUCCAGCUGUGUCUGCCUCCUCUGCAGCGCCAGGGGCCUGGUCAGCCAGGUAUGGGGGUGUUCUUGGGGUCUCCCUUGGUCUCCUUCCCACCUUUGUAAAUAUGAAGCGAAU